CUACAACUCAUCAUCCAUCCAUCCAUAUAUCCGAGUUAAUUAGACUAAAUAUAAACCAAGGGAAUAAAUAAAAGAAUGAGCAGUGCAGGCGCAGGAGGAGGAGGAGGAGGGGGAGGGGGGAAAGAAAUGAUGAUGGGAAGGAUAGAGAAGGUGCAGCAAGUGGGGGCGAUGCUGGCAGUGUCGGUGUUCUUGGGAGGGAACAUCGUUCUCUCUAAGGUGGCUGCCAAUGACGGCAUGCCCGUGAGCAUUAUGGUGGCUUACCGCUGGAUCUUCGCCACCGCCUUCCUCUCUCCCAUUGCCAUUGUUGUCGAAUGGAAUAAGAGGCCAAAAUUGACAUGGAUGAUCUUACUUCAAUCAUUUCUAUCAGCUAUGUUGGGGGGAUCUCUUUUUUCAAAUAUGUUCUUCAAAGGUGUAGCAUUAACUUCUGCAACGUUUGCCACUGCAAUUUACAAUCUAAUCCCUACAAUGACGUUUGUGGUCGCGAUCCUUUUAAGAAUGGAGAACCUAAAGCUCCAUAAGGCAAGUGGAAAGGCAAAAGUGAUGGGAACUGUGAUAUGUGUAAGCGGGGCUAUGCUUCUCACGUUAUACCGAGGCCCAGAGGUUCAUAUUUGGGGCUCCAACAUUGACUUAUUUCGCCUCUCUCACCCGCACUCUAACGGAGCCCACCACCCUACCUCCUUUGCCUAUUCGCGAAGUUUUACCUUGGGUGCCUCCAUCACCCUCAUCUCCUGCUUCUGCUAUGCACUUUGGAUUGUGCUACUGGCGAAGGUGAGCAAGAAUUAUCCAUGCCAUUACUCGAGCACCGCGUUGAUGGGUUUCAUGGGAGCAAUUCAGUCUGUGGUGUUCGCACUAUGCACUACUCGAGGAGAGGCUGCACAUGGAUGGGUGCUUGGUUGGAAUAUAAGAUUAUUUGUCGUCCUUUUUAUGGGAAUUGUAGGUUCUGGCGUUGUGGUCAUUCUAAUGACUUGGUGUGCAAAUAAAAGCGGGCCUUUAUUUGUGUCCAUAUUCAACCCCUUGAUAUUGGUGUUUGUGGCUCUUGCUAGCUCAUUGCUCCUUAAUGAAACGUUGCAUCUUGGAAGUGUAUUGGGCGGGUUUGUAAUCAUAAUGGGAUUGUAUGUUGUGCUAUGGGGAAAGGCAAGAGACAUGAAGAUUACGGUUAUAAGUUCUAUUGAUUCUCACCAAGACGAUGUCUUGCCUAAAACUAGUACUAAGUCUUCAUCAGCAAAUAAUUAAAUGAUCAUCGUAGGUGGGACAAACUCUUUUAUUUCAUUCUCACCAUAUCUGUUGAUCUACAUAUCCAUUAUUUAUAUAAUUUAUGCCCAUAUGUGUUGUUGAUGACACAUAAAAGACGAUAUGCCAUUUGUAUUGGGUAUUUAUGUUGUUAUUUUUUCUUUCAACAAACUAACAUAUGCUUUGUAUGAUUAAAACGACUAUGGAUGU